CAUUCUGCCUCCCGUAAGCGCCCAGGAGAGAUUGAAGAAAAGGAGAUGCAAGAGACUGAGUUUUGCAGAACUUUGAUGAAGACAGGAGCCCGGAGCAGGACGUUUCUCCUUUUUUAGACUGGAACCGAGCAUUUCCGUGGACAGCAUCCCCACAUCUCCAUCAUCUGCCUUGGGUCUCAUAAGAGGAGAGCACGUUUUUUUUAAAACUCUUACAAAAAAUAAUCAAGGAAUCGCGUUAACAAGGUUGUCCGUGUGACUGCUGAGAAGCCAUGAUCCUGAACGCGUCUGACCUGGGCUGGGAUGAGUCCUCAGGUUCAGACCCCUUCUUCCCACUGGACAAAAUUGAAAGCUCACCUGAAUAUGAAGUCCAGCCCCUCACCGUGUGGGGCGUGGCCCUGUGUAUUUCAGGAACUCUCAUUGCCACAGAAAAUGCCAUAGUUGUCACCACCAUCCUGGCCACACCUUCUCUUCGCGCCCCCGUUUUCCUGCUGCUCGCUAGCCUCGGAUUGGCUGAUCUCCUGGCGGGCGUUGCUCUGAUCUUGCACUUCCUCUUCCUGUUCUGCGUGGAGCCCAGUGAUUGGUCAGAAUUGAUAACCUCAGGACUACUGGUGACAUCCCUGACUGCCUCUCUCUGUAGCCUGAUGGGUGUCGCUUUGGACCGAUACCUGUCUCUAAGCAACGCCCUCACCUAUGGGUCGAGCCAAUCACGUAACAGAGCCGCCAUCCUGCUGCUGCUGGUCUGGGUGGGGGCGUGCAUCAUCGGGGCGGGGCCUGCGAUGGGAUGGCACUGUCUGGGUAUGCCAAACUCCUGUUCUGUAGCACGACCUCUGACCCGGACUUACCUGUCGCUGCUGUGUGGUGGCUUCCUGGUGAUUGUUAUGAUAACCCUACAAUUGUAUGCUGGGAUCUGCCGUGUGGCGAGGCGGCACGCCCACGCCAUAGCCACCCAGAGGCACUUCCUCCCUGCCAACCACUCGUAUGCAAGCAAACACAGCAGUGGGAGGGGCUUCUCUCGACUGAUCCUGGUGCUCAGUGUGUUUGUGGGCUGCUGGAUGCCCUUCUCCCUCUGGGGGCUUCUGGGGGACGCGUCUAGCCCUCCUCUGUACACCUAUGCCACUUUGGUGCCAGCGGCGGGCAGCUCGCUGCUGAACCCGAUCCUCUACAGUCUGAGAAACAAAGACAUUCGCAAGGUGCUGUUCCAGGCCUGCUGCCCGCACAGAUACACACAAAACACACAAACAAACUACCCUGCCGAUGUGUAGACUGCCAAACCUCAACAUGGGACUCAAAGCACCACACACUCUAUGCCAGACAUAUCACUGUUUGUGUGCCAAGAUAGCUGCAUUGACCAUCAUCCAGAACAUGAAGUCUCGCUCACACUGACAUAUAUAUAUACACACACACACACACACACACACACACACACACACACACACACACACACACACACACACACACACACACACACACACACACACACACACACAGCACUUCUCAGAGAGAUAAAGUUCCUCCUCUGCAAAUCAGAAUGUUCUGGCCUGUCCUGGCUGGCAGACAUUUUUGGACUACAGACUAAACGUACUGUCUUGUUUGUACUUUGUGCCUCAUCCUCAGUCAAUUGUAGCUCCACUGAAACAAUCACAGGGAUGCUUAAUAUGGUAUACCCCCACUCAUAGAAAGUGGAUUUAAUCACCAUUGGCACUUUAUGGCGAGAGGAAGGGAUUGGUUUUAAAUGUAAGCCUGUUACAGUGUAAUGACAUGUGAGCAAAAGCCAAAUUGUAUUUACUUGAAUGUCUAGAAAACAAAAUGUUCUAGAUCUUUGAGAUUCUAUUUUGCACAUGCUGUCAAAGGCACUUUGAAAAGGUACUGACCAUAUGUUCGUGUUGCACAGCCUUUUUGAAAUGAAUGAAUAUUUUAUACCGAUGAAUAAUA